CAGACAUUGCAGUCCAAUCUCACCAGCCUCUAGAGCUGAAUAUCAGAACAAGAGAAUGAAAAUCCUCUUCGUCGGCGCCUCAGGCUCCAUCGGCAGCGAAGUCCUGCAGGAAUGUCUCUCAGACCCUCGCGUCAGCUCUGUCGUCGCUUUCGUGCGUCGACCGCUCCCUGAGAAGGUCUCCGCGCAUCCGAAGCUAGAGUGUGUUAUCGUGAAGGAUUUCGCGGAGUGGUCGGAGGAUGUGCUAUUGAAGCAUAAGGAUGCGAGGGGCAUGAUUUGGACGAUGGGAACAAAUACUGGCAGUAUGGCAGCUGAUUUGGAGUAUCCGCUUAUAUUUCUAGAGAGUAUGGGGAGGGUAUUGGAGGGUGAGAACGACGGCGAGGGUAAAGGCAGUAGGACGCAGCGAUUCCGAUACGUCCAUUUGAGUGGGAAAUUCGUGCGGCAGGAUCAAGAGGAGAAGUUAUGGUUUUUGGAGACGCCCAGGAAGAUCAAGGGCCUCCUUGAAACCCGCGCUCUUACCUUCGCGGAAUCCCACUCAAUCUGGCAGACUUUCAUCGUCAAGCCGGGCGGCGUGGUCCCUAGAAGUAUGUUUUCCGGGGGACUUUUGAAUAUGAUCACGCCGAUUGGGGCGCUAUUGGGUGAGAACUGGUCCGUCAAGGUGCAGGAGUUAGGGGCUUUUAUGACGCAUUUGGUGGUAGAUGGGGAUGGGGAAGAGAGCAUUACGGAGAAUGCAAGGAUUGUGAGGAAGGGGAGAGAGUUGUUGGAGGAGAGGAAGAGGGGAGGGAAUCAGUAGAUUGUAGAGGUAAAGUUACAGGGCUAGUCUG